AUCGACCCAACUCAUUGUGGUUCUGAAUCAGGUGCUUUUUACCGGUACCGGUAGCGAUUUCUCCAUCACAAGUAUACCAACGUGCCUAAAUUUAAACAAAAACAAUAUAUAAUUACUUUAUUCUAUUGGUUUUAGUUUGUAUUACUUACUUUUAGUGGGACUUCUAAUGAUCACAACAACCAAAAUGUUUCUUUAUUUUUUUUAUUGUUGGAAAAUUGACAAACGCUCGCUUUUUGGAGCGUUUGUCAACAAAAUCCAGGUGCUCAAAAAUGAGUAACAGGCCAACAGCUCACGGCGUGAGUAUGACCUACACAUAAUUUUCACACAUUCUCCCGGAUUUGCAGCGAUGCGCCACAGUGAGUAACUGUUACUCAUGCGAUGUGCGGAGCAGUUUAAGCGUGUAUCAGUGUUUGCGCAUCGCAUCGCAACAGUAAACAUCGUCAUCACGCAAGAAAAAGGGGCGUUUCUCAUCAAGUUAUUCCGUUUAUUCCGAGCCAAAUCCAUCGGUAAACUAGUCAGUUCGCGCCGCGAGUGUCCAGUGUGGUGGGGCGAUGCGAAUUACGACGUCGCCGGGCGAGCAGCAGCGCGACCAAAACCGUAGCAGCAGUGUUUUCUGCCGAGGCAAUUCGUUGUCUUCUACCGGUGGAGGUGGUGGGGGUGGCGCAGCAGCAGUCGCAGCAUCUAGAAUGGCACCGGCGGUGGCCAAGUUAAACUACCGGAUCUCGGUGUCGACGUUCUUCGCCAAGUCGCACCCGAGCGACGAGUGCUGCGGGAGCAACGGGCUACCGCUGACGCCGAAUUCGAUCGGGAUUUACGGGCGGUCGCAGCUGUUGCGUGGGGAUGCACUGAAGCAUGAAAAUCUGUGCGAAUAUCUGGACAUUGUGCGGGGGAAACACGAGAGGACGAUCAUUGUGCAGGAGUAUGCCGGGAGUCCGCUGACGGAGACGUUCAUUGGGGAGAAUAACAAGCAGGAGACGCUGUUGAGGAUCGGACAUCAGAUGUUGAGGGCGCUGAGCCAUCUGAACCGGAAUGGGUUGAUGUGCCGGAAUUUGGAACCGGUGAACGUUUUGAUUAGCAGGGAUUUCGGCGUCAAGUUGUAUAAUUAUGGACUGUAUUAUAUGACCUACGGCGGAAAGUAUGUGUCGUUUCCGAUAGGGAACGUAAAAUACCAUGGUCCGGAAGUGCUUCUCGGUUCCAGGGAGAACAUCAAAAGCGACGUUUGGUCCAUGGGAAUGAUCCUGGCGGAGCUGGCGUUGGGCUGUAAACUAUGGGAGAACCUAAAAGUGUCGCAGGUCACGAGAAAAGUACUCAGUUUGACCAACACGGAAAAUGUUCUGGAGAAAAUCGCCCGAGAGCACAAGAAGCUGGACCAGUAUGAAGCGCUGGACCCAGCCUUGAAAAGAAUCUUGGAAGAAUGUCUCACAGUUUCCCUAUCAAGACGUCCGCAGCCGGUGGAAUUGCUGGGAGAUGAAGCGUUUGAUUUCUUGAGAGGGGAAACGUUCAGGGCACCGGAUCCGGACGGGAUGACGCUGCUGGAGAAGCACUGUGGCAGUUUGGCGGAGAUUUAUUACCUGUGGCAGCUGGCCGGAGGAGAUGUACAGCUGGAGCUGAAAAAGGAAGGGCUCAUCAAAAGCGAGGCACCGAUUCUGUCGCUGCCCAACUUGGUGCUCCUGAAUGGCAAAUCUAUAUCACCGCCAAAGAGUCAAAGCUUCCUGCACGACAGCCGAAUCAUUUUUCUCAAUUUCAACACCCUGCUGGAACGAUUCUCGAAAAUCCCCGAAGAGGACUACCUUCCACUAAUCUACUCCACCAACUCCUACCUAGAAUCUCCGAUCUUCAAAACGGAUCUCCCUCUGGUGAUUCGCGAGCGGGACACUGUCUACCAGUUCCACCGGAUCAUGCUCCUCAAAACGCUGCUCCACGGCUAUCCGUACACUCACGAUCUGCUCAAGAGUUUCGCCAGCAAAGACAUCCCACCGCCGUUCCGCGGCCACGUUUGGGCCUGCCUACUCGGAGUGGUGGAAAAUGGACUCUACGAACGGCUGGACAAGUGUAGCCCGACGCACACGGACCGGCAAAUCGAGGUGGACAUCCCCCGGUGCCACCAGUACAACGAGCUCCUCUCGUCCCAGGAAGGUCACACCAAGCUGAAGCGACUGCUCAAGGCCUGGGUCACGGCCCAUCCACAGUACGUGUACUGGCAGGGCCUGGACUCGCUGACGGCGCCGUUCUUGUAUCUGAACUUCAACAACGAGGAGCGGGCCUUUCUCAGUCUGUACAAGUUCAUCCCGAAGUAUUUGCAUCUGUUCUUCCUGAAGGACAACUCGUCGAUCAUCAAGGAGUAUCUGGUGAAGUUCUUCCAGCUGAUCUUUUUCCACGAACCGGUCCUGGCCAAGCACCUGCACGGGAUCAACUUUAUACCGGAACUGUAUGCGAUCCCGUGGUUCCUGACCAUGUUCAGUCAUGUAUUCCCGCUACACAAGAUAUUUCACCUAUGGGAUAAGUUGAUCCUCGGGGACCACUCGUACCCGCUGUUCAUCGGCAUAGCCAUCCUAAAGCAACUGAAGAGCACUCUACUCAAAUCGGGCUUCAACGAGUGCAUCCUUCUAUUCAGCGAUCUGCCAGACAUUGUGAUGGAAACGUGCGUCAACGAUUCCGAAUCGAUGUACCAGUUCACCCCGAAGAGCAUCACCUACCGGAAGUACGCUUUGAACGAGGAUCCUCCCAGCGAUUUCGACCUCAAGUACACCGACGAGGACCACCGGGAGGUCCAAACGGAGCUGUACCCCCGCAUCAGCAAGUACGAUCUGAUCCGGUUGAUGCGUGACCGGCCGGCCAGUGUGGUCGUGCUGGACCUGCGGACCAAUCUGGACCACAAGCGAGUAGCCAUCGAAAAUAGUAUCAACAUUCCGUUCAGUUCGGUUUCGCUGAAGGAACCUCGGCUGGACGGUUUGAAUGUGCCCAAGCUGAAGGCCUUCCUCCGGCGGAAGGUGGUGGUUAUAGUAAGUCCCUCGCAUGAGAAUGCAUUGUUGUUUGCUAAAUUUUUGGUCGAUUGUCACGUUUCGCACGUUUGCGUUCUGAAUCGGGGAUUUGAGUUCUUGUAUCGGAUUGAUGAUAAACUGAUGAUGCAGACUUUCGACUAUAUUAAUACGUUGGCCAAAAACGUACCGAAUAUUGCAAAUUUUGUUGAGUAAUGUGUUAGAAAGCUUAUUUUCUAUUCUAUGUUUGAAGUGAUACUUUAUAUUAUACUAUUAUUAACUUCUUAUUCAAAACACUGUUUGAA